UAACAGGUACGACUUCAAAUAUAAAAGCACUACUCUGAAGGCAGCACGCCACUUGUUUUAUUUUGAAAGGCUCAACAGGAAAUGGUAUGAGUUUCUCAAAGCACUUUGACGACUCCUCCGCCAGCAGAGCGUCCAACAAUGUUGUCUAAACGAAGGAAACUUUACAAGUAGCUCGACCGAAGUUUUUAUUGUUUUACUUCGGACCAAACCGUGACUCCGGUUCGAGUUGUUUAAACUUUUAUUUGUAUUCGUCACCGCGUGUAAAAGUGCGAGUUUUCAGGCCGGUCCAGUCCAGUCCGGUUCCGUCCAGUCCAGUCAGCGUGUGGCGCUAUAAGUGAAGAGGAGGCAAAGCAGAACCGUGCUAUUAUGUAUAGGCUGGAAUCGAACGGAUCCAUAAUGGACCUGGACGCGGGUCGGGUGAAAAUUAAAGCGCACUACUGUGGGGACAUGUUAAUCACAGACUUGGCUCCCACGGUAACCUUUGUGGAGUUGUGCGAGGAGGUGAGAACGAUGUGCAGUGUUGCCAAGCAGCAGCCCAUCACACUCAAGUGGAUCGAUGAUGAAGGGGACCCUUGCACCAUCUCGUCUCAGAUGGAGCUGGAGGAAGCGUUUCGUAUUUACCCUCGGACCAAGAAGUCUGGACUGCUGCUGCACG